CCGUCGCUCCACGCUCCACUCCAAAUCUUACCCCAACUACACACCCCCUAAACCCGCUGGAAUAACCUCGCCCGUCCGCCCUUGCCAUGCCUAUCCGCCAACGCAUCAAGCGUGCCCUUACGCGCUCUAGCGCCGACGGCCACCCCUCCCUCUCCAAAUCCACCACCAACAAGCCCGACCCCAACGUCUACCAGCCCGGCGAAAAGAUGCCGCCUAUGAAAUACCGGCGCCCCGUUGCCCCGGAGCACAAAGAGAAGCUAGAAGCCUUCAGCUUCGCGCGGGCGUGGCGCAGGAAGAGCGGGUCGAGCCAGUACUCGCCCAUGGGGUCGCGGAUGCCGAGUCGGCGGAACAGCACCGCGACGAAUGGGCGGAAAAGUUUCCAGACGAGUCGAUUGAGCAUGCAGGCGCCGCGGACGAGUUUGGCGAAAGGGGAGGACGGAGGUGUACGGGAAGGAAGUCAGGAGGAGGGGGAUGUGACGAAUGUCGGCCUCUCCCGCACACACACCCAUGAAUCCCUGAAACCCCCACAUUCCAGCGUCGGCCGCCGCUCGCAAUCCAUCCACACGGGCUCGCGCCCUCAGACCGGGCGUGGAAGUGCCAGUACGAAAGCGGGUGAAGCAGCUUUCUCGGCCGAGGACCUCGAGCUCGCGCUUAAGAAUUCGCAUCUUGACGACUCAGUUGGCCCGCUGGAUACCUUUUCCCCAAUGGACGCACACGAAGAAGUCAACACGGAGCCAGCGACUCAAGUGCCAACGCCGCAGGUUGAAGUGAACUCGCCAACCCCACCUAAGUGGGAGGUGCAGACGGCAACACCGGAUUCUGGUGUGAAAGCAUAGAACACCCGGCAUGCUACUCAGAACGGAACAACCACGCCAACUCUUUUCCCGCGAGUUUGGCGCUUCAGCUUCAGCAUUGCGAUCGGUGUUAUCAGAUUUUGGAUAGGAACUCUGGAUACAGCAUACAGGCAUUCGUUCUUUUUUCCGCCAUGUACUGUACAAUUUUGCAUAUAGGCGAUCUUACAUUGUACGAAUUAGGAAUAAUGAGAUUAUGACUUUUCUCAGAGAGCCACUGUUUGGGGUACUU